AUGAGUAAAGAUAAGAAUGUGGUGGAUAGUGAUAAUCAAAGUGAUCAGGAUAUGGCUAGUGAUUAUAAGCUCUUCAAAAAGUCAGUUGGUAGUGAGUUUGGAAGGCUCUAUAGGACUCUUAAGAGGAUGACCAAAGCUAUAAAGAGUUUGAAGAUGCCUCGAAGAGCAGUAUCAUGCAGAGGUAGAGGACAUAGCCAGCAUCUGUCUAUGAAUGAAAUAGAUAAGGCAGUACAGGUCCAGGAGGAAAUACUGGAGCAUACUCCACAAGCAUUAGGGGGCCAAGCAAACGCAUCCUCAUCAUCAUCAGUUCGAACUAGAGGUCCGAAUUUGGGACAUCCUAUCCCAUCAAACCCGUCUGAUCGUCAAUUGAUUAGAUUGAAAGGAACUGUUUUUUUAGAUUCCACAGUUACUAGAUCAAUCACUAAUGACAUUAAGAUGCGCUAUACUGCUCCAUGGAAAACUUGGUCAGAUAUACCUUUAAAGACAAAAGACGAGCUCUUCGAACUUUUUCGGAGUCGAUAUGCAUGGGAUGAGAGUGAAGAAGGUAUGGUUCGAAUUGCUUGGGAAAAGGUAGGUAAAGAAAGACUGCGAGACAUUCUUAAUAGAGUUAGGAGCGAAUUGUUGCACAAGCACAAGAAGACGGAUGUUGCUUAUCUAUAUAAUUUAGGACCAGAUUGGAUGGAGGCAGAGAUAUGGAAUGAACUUGUUGCAUAUUGGAGUACACCAGAGUGGAGAAAGAAAUCAGAAGCUGGUAAAGCAAAUAGAAACGUAGAAAAAGAUGGGACUAUUACGAAACACUCUGGUGGUUCAAUAAAAUUGGAGGUUCAUGAGAAUAGAUUGGCAAAGAAGUUGGGUAGACAACCAACUCAACUUGAACUAUUUCGUGCAACUCACACAAAAAAGGGGAGUCAAGGUGUUUACAUUGAUGAAAAAUCACGACGAGUUGAUGGAGCUUAUUUGAGUGCAAUUGCUGAAAAUGUGAAUGACAAUUGUGAGAGUCAGUCUGCUUUUGAUUUGAAUAAGUGGAUUGAAAUUUCUGGAAGUAGCAAAGGAAGAGUUUAUGGUUUUGGAUCCUCUGAUAUUGCAAAAUCAGGAACUCCAACUACAUUUUUCCGACAAGGUUAG